UCACACAGGCGCACGGGCAGCUUGGAGCUCCAUCGCGCGUCAACUCCUAUUCUAUAUCGUGUCGCUGUGCAUAACUCUCGACCAAAGUAUUAUAGAGCGUCAGAGCAGCAGCCUCUGACUUGGCCGUUCGGUGCAUACAUCUAGACCAAUGAGCCCGAAAAGAGUCGUAGAUCCAAUCAGUAAUAGUACUGGGCUGCGUAUGGACUAUUGACGAAAAGGCCAGCCAGCUAUAAGUGCAGUAAUAAAUACAUAAGCAUCGAGGCUCGAGUUCAUCGAUAGUAGCAGCAACAGUAGCGGCGGUGCAGCCAACGUACACACACGUACAUAAUAUACAAAGUCGCAGGCGCGCACGAGCACGCACGCACACACGGAGCGCCGAGAAAAAGGCAUUUUGACGCGGCAACGACGACGACGCCUGCCACCGCCAACGCCAACGCCGCUACACUUGUGCAGCCGGGAGCAUGUACUCCAAGGGAAAGGGCUCGUCCGUGCCCUCGGAUAACCAAGCGAGGGAAAAAUUAGCCUUGUAUGUAUACGAGUACCUGUUGCACAUUGGUGCGCAAAAAGCAGCACAAACUUUCUUGUCAGAGAUAAGAUGGGAAAAAAAUAUCACAUUAGGUGAACCUCCAGGUUUUUUGCAUUCGUGGUGGUGCGUAUUUUGGGAUUUAUACUGCGCAGCGCCAGAACGACGCGAUUCUUGCGAACACAGUAGUGAAGCCAAAGCCUUCCACGACUAUGGUUUCGUCAACAGUGGCUAUGGCGUUAACGGAUUACCACACAAUGCAGGACCGGCUCCAUCGCCGCUUGGACAAAUGCCACCGAACGAUGGCAUGCCCGGCGGUCCCAUGCCACCUGGCUUCUUCCCUAAUAAUUCGACAAUGCGACCAUCUCCGCCCACACACCCUUCUUCACAGCCAUCUCCCCAGCACCCACAGCCACCCCCACCCCCGCAUUCACAGAUGAUGUCCACACAGUUCAUGGGUCCGAGAUAUCCAGCUGGACCACGACCAAACGUGAGAAUGCCUCAAAUGGGUAACGAAUUCAAUGGGCCUCCAGGUCAACCAAUGAUGCCAAAUAGCAUGGACCCCACGAGACAAGGAUCGCCGGGUAUGAAUCCGAUGAAUCCACGCAUGAACCAUCCGAGAGGUGGACCAGGAGGUAUGCCACCAAUGGGACCUGGUACUUAUGGCCCAGGCAUGAGAGGACCACCGCCUAAUAGCAAUCUUGCACCAGGUGGCCCUGGAGGCGCCGGUAUGCCACCGAUGAGUAUGGCUGGACCUGGCGGUCGACCUCAAUGGCAGCCUAAUACAUCGACACCAAUGAACUAUUCCUCGUCGUCACCUGGAAAUUAUGGCGGCCCACCAGGUUCUAGCGGACCACCAGGACCGGGUACGCCAAUAAUGCCGAGUCCUCAAGACAGUAGCAAUAGCGGUGGCGAAAAUAUGUACACUAUGAUGAAACCAGUUCCUGGAGGAAAUAUGCCUGGCGAUUUUCCAAUGAGCGGUGGUCCCGAAGGUGGGCCGAUGGGUCCAAUGGGUCCCAACACAAUGGGACCAGUGCUUAAUGGUGACGGGCUUGAUGGUAUGAAAAAUUCCCCGGCCAACGGUGGCCCAGGUACGCCGCGAGAAGACAGCGGCAGCGGUAUGGGUGAUUAUAAUCUAGGCGGCUUCGGUGGCCCCGGCGAAAACGAUCAGAACGAGUCAGCUGCUAUAUUAAAAAUCAAGGAAAGUAUGCAGGAAGAAGCCAAGAGGUUUGAAAAAGAUUCGGACCAUCCUGACUUUUACAUGCAAUAAGUCAUUAAAUCAUCAGGUGUCUCAAAAUAAUGAUCGUGGAAAAGGAGAGUAAUUGCAUGUACAUAUAAUAUUACGAAAUUAAUGUGAAUGAUAAGAUGUGUAAUUGUGGCUCUUUGAUCGAAAGUAUUACAUAAGAGAAUCUGAUUUAAAAUAAGAUAUAACAAUGAAUUGAUCAGGGCAGAGUUGUAUACGCGCUAAAUGAAUUAUGAAACUUUAUAUUAAUAUUGAGAAAUACUUUCAUACGCCUUUUUCAUCGCUUGGUACAUCAGAGUAUUACUAACUUUUUUGUUGUUUUUUUUUUCGAGAAAAAAUACAAUUUUAGAAAUUAUUACCUAACUAUUCAUACCAGAAUUAAUUGAAACUCAAUUUUUAUCUCAAUCCUAUAUUGUAGAGACUAAAGAAAAUGAUGACCGGGAAACAACCCAAGUAGAAACGAAUUAAUUUUUUGGCUAUUAACUGGCCAAUAAGUUUUAUGUAGACCAAUAAAAAUUGGCAAUAACCGGCUCGUUUUUGGCCAAGUAGGUAUUCAUUUCUACCAGGGACCCGAUAUAUCCCGUUGCUAAGAAGUUUCUUUAUAACUUUUCCACCAAAAGAAUAUAUAACUAUAUAAUGAUAUACUAUGAAUAAAAAUAGUUAGAAAAAUAGUAAGGUAGAAUAGCUCUUUUGUAAGACAAGAGGAUGUCCUUUGAGCUCUUCCAUUUAGGAACGAGUAAUUCGAUGAACUUUCCUAAAGAUUAUUGUGUAUUACUUUUUAUCCUCUGGACUGCACAUUGUCUUGAUUUUGAAUAUUUAGCGUAAUGCGACUAUGACUUUGUUUAAAAAUCCAUCGAUAUAGAUGGCGUUUGCUUUAUUAAUAUGGCCUCGAAGAAAAUUAUUUAAUUGUUAAAUUAUUUAACUUUAUAAAAAUAAUACUGAUAAGUUUAUUAUUACGUAAUGUAUGAUUGUCGGGAUUUAUGUGAUAAGGUAUAAAUAUAUGUAUUACAAGAGAGAGGAAGAGAGAAAAAACUUUUUUUAUCAAGGCCAUGCUAAUAAAACGUUUGUGGCAUCGCCAUUGCCAUCUACUGUGAUUUUUCUGAUUUUUAAACAAAGCUGGUUUGUGACGAAAACAAAACAAAAAUAUGAUGAUUUGAUAUACUUCACAAGUUAAAGAAUGAAGAUUUUAUUUAACUUGAAAAAUCUUUUUUCAAUAUUGAUGCAUACUUGUGUGGUAAAAAUGUAAUAGUCAGUGCCAUCAUAAGACGGAAUCAAACAUCUUUAAUAAUACCGUAGUAUAAACAUUACAAGAAAUCAAUCAUUUUGUUAAUGAUGAAUCCUGGAUUUUUCGAAACAAACCACCUCAAAGCUAAUCGCAGUGAGAAAGUAUUCGCAUUAUAUUAAUUAUUAUGUAUAUAUAUGUGUUCGAUGAUACAAGUAUCGGCUAAAUAUUAAUAUAAACAAGUGAGAAUAAUGAGAAAAUAAAUAUAAUUGGCCAGUGUGAGCGAGAUAUGUAUUAGAAAAUUUUUUCAUAAAGUAGCGUGUGAGGUGAUAAUUGAUUAUAAUAGAUAGUGGUAUGAAAAAAGUUAUUAUAAAUGAAUAAAUGUACAUGUACCAUUGGUUUGUUACGUCCUAUAAUAUAAAUGUGUAUACAUAGAGCGAAGAACAAUCCCGUUAAAAAUUUCCAGGAUACGAUUCACUUUUUUAUUCGAGUCGAGACUAUUUAUACAAAUGCAGAUGAAUAUAUAAAUAGAAACAUAUAUGUUUUAUUGUAUUACUUUUAUAAUUAUAUUUAUGAAUAUAUAGAUUAUUUAUUAGUACAAUGUACAUCAAUAAUAGUUCAAAAAUAUAAUUUUAUUUUUGACCAACCAUUGAAACAGGGUUGAUUGAUAAAUCCUAUUAUUUAUUAAAGUAUCGCGUAACACAUAGAUUUUGUAUCAAAAUGGUAUAAUUUAACUAUUAAUUGCCAAAAUUUAUAAAAAAAGUAUGUUUAAUGACUUAACUGCUUACGAUAGGCAAUAAAAUAAUUAUGGUAUUAUUUGCUAUUGUGAUUAGUAAUUCGUUAUCUACAGAGAUGUGCAAUUUUUCGCUCUUUAAAGUUUAAGUUUUAAUUAUAAUUUGUAUAUUUCUACAUUUCUCUUUAAGAAAUAAACUGAAAAUUGAUUUUCCUAUUAUAUAUAUAUGUAACUGGGAAUUUUCAACGGGAAACACAUUCCGCAUCCUAUAUUUUUUUUGUAUUUCAAUAAGUUAUAUAAAAUAUAUUGUAAUGAAAUGAAAAAAAAUUAUUAUUCUUAACGCACGUAUUUAGAGUAUUACUUUUACCGUGAAUUGUUUUAUAAUUUCAAUGAAUAUCGAGAGUGUAAAUGCAAUUUUUUGUCAUUGUUAUUCGCUUGUAUGCAAAGCUUCAUCUAUAAACGAUAUAAAUUUGAAUCAAAAUCUUAUUGAACUUGUCGCAUCGACCCUGUAAAACGAAGAUUUAAAAAUAUAUAUAUUUAUUUAUAUUACAAUUAAGUAGGAAGGUUUUAAUAUCACUCCAGAUGAAGUCUAUCAAAAUCACACAAUUGAAAAGUUGUGGUCGAAUAGGCAAAGCGUAUAAUAAUAAUUUUCGAAUGUUAAUCAAAUAAAAAACUGGUAAUGCACCAAUCACAGCAUUGAAACGUUUUGAUUUUCAUUUGUCACAACUACAUACACCAAGGCCUCAUCGUUGUUUUCAAAGGACGACAAUCAAACAAUAAUGUUAACUAUUUUAGUUUGGAAAUGAAUGUGCAAUAAAAUCUAUACUGUACAAGUGAAUUUUGCCUAUUUGAUAAUAACACAAGUAAGGAAGUAAUUAUGCAACUUGAAGAGUCGAUAACGCAGAAAAAAAAAUUCAAAAAGCAACAGAAUUUACGACACAACUACGGAUUCAUGCAUAAUUAUCGAUAUAAUUGUACGUUAUCUAUACAAAUAUAGGAUCAGUAGCAUAAAUCAAUAGUUAAAAAUAAAUUUCAUCUGUCCAAUAUGAAAAAA